UCGCCAUCUUUUUCUCGGUGUAGUAUGCGAAGGAGGAAAGUUUUUCUAUCUCAUGAAACGUAAUUUAUACGCCUCGCUAAAGUACUAAUUAUCCAUAGAUAAAAGACGCGUCGCAUAGUUACGAUUAUUUGUAUGCCAUUAUUGUUUUUGGUAUAUGAAUGACAAACGUAACUUGAUUACGUGCGUAAAAAGUUCACUUUCUAACCUGUACAAAUUUGCAAUGUUCGUUGCGUUUUAUUUAUGAUUGAUUAUUGUACCACUUGAAGAAAAUGUUGAGAAAAACGAAUAAGUCCUCGUGGGGUGGCCGAGGCGGAAGAUCUGGAAAUUCAAAUGAUAAACACUACUUUGGUCACGAUGACCGUGUACCAAGAAAUGAUGGAGGCUCUUAUCUUGGAAACAGACCUAGAGUAUCGUUUAAGACUCAAGCAAGACCAACAAGAGAUAUACCUAGAAGUUUGGCAUUAGCAUGCUUAGAUGAAGAUGUACAAAUGGCAACAAGUUCUAACAAUAACAACAGACAAGUUAUUAUCAGAGGAAGAGAUAGAGGUAUGCAACGUGGAAGAAAUAGUCCUUUGCCACACAGAAGGUUUAGAGGUGGAAUUGCUGCUGGAAUCAGACGAUAUCCUGUUGGUGAUCCCAACUGGUAUAAAAUUGCUAUACCGUAUGGACAGAAAUAUGAAAAAAGUUAUAUAAUAAAUAAUCUCCUCAGUUAUAUUGCACCAGAAACAUUUGUUCCAAUAAUGUAUAAAAUAACUGGAAGUGAAGCCAGUUUCUAUGUAGAUGAUAGCAAAAUAGCAAUUGCCCUGCUCGAUUCUGAUCGUAAGAUUACAACUACUAAUGGAUACAAACUGCAAGUGAAGGUUUUGAAAUCAUUAUUUCCCGACUGUGAAAUAGAUGAUAAACUGAAAGAGAGACUAAAACAAGCAAUGGCUAAAAGAUACGUACACGAAACAAAUGCAUUAGAUCUAUCAAGAUUUCAUAGAGACCCUGAUCUCAUCACUGAUUACUUCUGUGCAUUGUUUCAACCCGUGAUGUUGAAAGCAGUACUGGAUAUUGUUUCAGAACAUAUACCAGAUUUGGAAGCACUGAAUCUGGAUGGAAAUCAAUUACAGAUAAUUGAAAAAUUAAGUAUUUUAAACAAGAAGUUCGCGAAAUUAAAGAUACUGUACAUCGGGGACAACAAGAUAAAAGAAAUGAGUCAACUAGAUAUCAUCAAAGAUUUAAAAUUAGAGGAGCUGAAAUUAGCAGGAAAUCCGGUUUGCAACAAGUAUAAGUCUCGACAAAGUGACUACAUUAGCGACGUGCGGAAACGAUUCCCUAAACUUCUACGGCUGGAUGGAAUGGAUCUUCCAAAGCCAAUCUUGUUCGAUGUAGCGGACGAGGGAAACAAAAUACCACCAUCGCAAAGAAUGUUCGUUGCAAAUGCAAAAGCACAAGAAAUUGCUAGUCAAUUUUUACAACAAUACUUUCUCAUAUUCGAUAGUGAGAAUCGUCAGCCACUGUUAGAUGCGUAUGACGAACACGCAUGCUUCAGUAUGACUGUAUCUUACAGUCAUCAAAAUAAUAAAUUUAAUGGAUAUCUUUCGGAAAACAGAAAUUUAUAUAGAAUAAACGAGACAAAUAAGAGGCAGAAGUUGUUGAAACAAGGACGAUUACCCGUGGUUUCAUUUAUUUCCGAAAUGCCUCAAACAAGUCACUAUUUAAAUACAUUCACAAUGGAUAUUAGUCUUAUCACGGAUGGGAUGAUGUUGAUCACAGUCACAGGAUUAUUCAAAGAGCUCGAUAAGAAAGAGCAACCAGUUCGUUACUUCAAUCGCACAUUUAUAAUAGUACCAGAGGGGACUGGUUACUGUAUUCGAAAUGAACAAUUACAUAUCAGUCCUCCGACAGAUGCACAAUUAAAAAAUCUCAGCAAUCAACGGGAAGUACAAAUACCAGGACCGGUGGUACCGCACACCGCUCCUUCUAGCAGCGGUGUGGUUAAACCAUUGCCAUCACAAUUACCCGAAGACGUGAAACAACAAAUGACAAUGACGCUUAGCCAGCAAACGAACAUGAAUUUGGAGUGGAGUUUGAAAUGCUUGGAGGAAGUACUAUGGAAUUAUGACAAUGCGCUCUCCGCGUUUCAAGAGUUCUUCAAACGAGGACAGAUACCACCUGAAGCAUUUAACAAAUAAAUGUUACAUUGUACCGGGAGAUAAAGUAAGAUUUAAAACAAUUUUAAUUUAUAUCACUUUCUUUUCUUGUUGCAUGUAUCAUUGUAAUACAUAGUAUAUUUUUACAUCAUAAUCUGUAUAAGAGAACAGGUAUUGGGUAUGAUUUUCUAAUGCUCAGCUUUCUUUUUCUCGAUUAUGAAGUCACUAAUUAAUACCUUAUGCAUACAUAUAUAUUCUGUUUAUUCUUCUCUUUGUUCUUUCAUAAUUAUCUACCCAAAACCGGUACAUCCUGUGUAGAUCGCACAAAAAGAAGAUCGCACAGAGUAAUUCCUUUAACAGCAAGCUUCUUUUUGUAUCGAUUAUACAUAUGAAUAACGUAAAUUAAAUAUAAUAAAAUAGUUAUGAAUGAUUAAUUUUUAACCAUUCAUUUUACAAGCUUUUAUUCAGAUUAUGAUGCGUAUAACAAAUGAGAUUGGGAUUUAGGGUUAACUUCUAGGUUUAACAAAUUUCAAGAGUAAAUAAUACUAGCGCGAUUUGAUUAAUUUUUACUUCUAUUUCUUAUGCAUAUAUAAAACUAUCGUGCUAGAUGCCUUAUUCUCGAUAUAAGAUCUCGUAUCCUGGAACAUACGUAUUCGAAUUUACUAUUAUUAUUUCUAACUAUUCGUUUAAGUACUUUUCUUCGAUAGUAUCAAAAGUGUGGAAAUCAAAUGCGUUCGAUCGAAACACGAGUAAUACAUAUUUAGACUCCAUACGCUACCGGUUAAAUUCUCUUUCAUAUUGUAUAUGUAUACAUCAUAAUGGUGUUUAUUUUACGUGAUCUAAAUAAUUUCAUACACAAUACAUUGAUUUUGCUGUAAAAUUUAUGCAACAAUGAUGUCUUAAUAGAUAAUUCUACAUCACUGAACGAUUGUGUUCUAUAUCAGUGUAAAUUAUACUUUUAUUACCUAUAGUAAAAUAAGCAUCAUUAUGUAGUUCGUACAACUUGGUUUAUACUAAACUUUGUAAUAAUCAAGAAAAGGAAAAGAACAUUUGUGUUCUUAUAAAGAGAGUUCAUACUCGUCUUCUCUUUAAUUAGUUAGCUGGUUGAUCGUAAAAUAUUGAAGACAUACUACAUAAUUUUUUAAUGUUACAUAAAUAUAUAAAAAGUCUAUUAUAAAGUAAAUUGUUUAAGGUUUAAAAUUUUCUAAACAGUAUCACAAUUGGUAAGAGAUGAUUAAUUUUCAACAAAAAUAAAAAUAAAAAGUAAAAAACAAAAGAAAAUGAAAGGGGAAAGAAAGGAAAGUAACAAAAUUUUACAAAACAUCAACCAGCUUGUUUUAUAUAUUAUGAUAAUUGAAUAUGUUGACUUUCUACAUCGAAGAGUUAUCAUCAUCAUUAUCAUCAUCUGUAUACGUAUAUGUACUGUUACUCGUGAUCAUUUUCAUACCGUUUGUAAAUCCAAAGAUUAGAUAGAGUAUGUGAACAUAAAUUAUUUAUUGGUAUUCUCAAGUAACACGCGUACAACAAAAGAAUAACCUCAGAUGUGAUUCACAUGUAACGUGAAAAGAAGAAAAUCAUUUACCACAACACGGAAGCCAUUUGGAUGUGUUUACUUUUAUGGAGACAGUCAACGAGAAAAAUACAAUGAGAUUAAUGGAAGACGACAGUCCUCUUGAAUAAAUUUGGGACCCCAGCAAACGGAUAUACACACUGUGGAGACAAACUUGUAAAGUUUGAUUCUGUCCCUUGUCGUAGCCUGUCGACGUGCGACAAUUGUGCUACGACAAACUACACAUUUGCAAGGUGCCCCACCAAGGCGCUACACCAUUUAAACCUUAGCAUCGAAAAGAACAAAUUUAAAUUGAGCGUACCAGUUGCUUCUGCGAGAAUUGAUGAGCUCAUACGAAUUUGUUGCGGUUUUCUCAUGUCGCAAAGACAAAAGUUACAACCGCACCACCUCAGUCUUCUGUCUCUCAUAGCAAGACACGUUAAACAAUAACGAUAGAUGGAAAGAAAUAAUUGAAAUACAUAUGUAAAAACAGCUAGGAAAUGAAAUAAUAUUUAUUAUUUUAUUCGACGUAAUACAAUUUGUUUACAACAAAUCUAUGAUUUGGAAGAUCAUUUUUUCGUUUUGAUUGUAUAAAACAUAUAAGUAUAUUUCAAAUGUAAACCAAGAGAAUAGUUUAUGUUCACAUUCUGUACGAUUUUGUUAUACUACUAAAGACAAAGGUUAUCUGAUGUUGACGGUACUGUUAAGUUUCCUUUCAAAAACGCUGUUAAAUCAUGUUUACUUAGGGCAAGUAAAUGUCCUAAUGCGAUCACUAUACGAUACAUUGUACAAAAUCACACGAACAGAACAUACAAGAAAAAUACUUCUUAAAAAAAAAAAAAAAAAAAAAAAUUUUUUUUCUUUUAAAUUUUUUUUCUAUCUUUACUUGCAAUGGUGAAUCGAUUCAUCAGACACUGUUGUUCAUUCUUCGACUGUAUACUGUAAAGUUUUCAUUAAAUGAAAUGUAAAUAGCCACGUUAGUUGAUGUACAUGUUAAGAUGCAAGUCUUUUGCAUUAUACGUUCCGUCAAGUUAAAGUGUUCACAUGCGGCUUGUAAAUACACAUGUAAUUAAUAAAAAUGAACAUUUGUAUACAUAA